AAUAACAAGCUUAUGUGUCAUUUUAGCAUCCAUCAAUCCUUUAGUUUGUUUUUUUCUCGCCCUUCUGCAAUCUUAAAAGGGUUUUUCUUGGAUCCACGGUAGGGACUGAAUCUUCAAAAAAAUGGCAUCAAUUGCUUCUCCAAAGAUGUUAUGCUCUACAGUUUCUUCGAGGCAGUUGUCGGUAGCAGGUCCUUGUGUCUGUCCAUCGAGAGUCCUAUCAUGGAAGGGGACUCAGAAGAACCAGAAGAAGAGAUCCCUGACGGUGGUUGCCGCUGUUGGAGAUUUAUCUGCCGACAGCACAAAUUACCUGAUUGCCGGUGCGGUUGCUGUGGCCCUGGUCGGAACAGCCUUUCCGAUCAUUUUCUCCCGCAAGGACACAUGUCCUGAAUGCGACGGUGCUGGAUUUGUGCGGAAAGCAGGAGCAACUCUGAGGGCAAAUGCUGCAAGGAAGGACCAGGCUCAAAUUGUCUGUGCUCGUUGCAAUGGACUUGGCAAACUGAACCAGAUUGACAAGUGAAUGAUUUCACUUCACAUCCUUCUUUGUUAUGUAAUCUUAACACCCAGUUUCUUCUGUAAAGCCAUAAAACCCUCUUACUGCUUCCAUGGAAACUUCUUAGGUUUUCAAUAAAUAAAUUAAGCAUUAUUUAAUUUUUUUUCUAAAAAAAAGCCUUAAGCAUU